AUGCUCAAGAUUGAUUCGUUGAACCUCUCCAGCUCCGGAUCCCGUCCAAGGACCCCGCCAUCGGCUCCAGGUCACGAACGAACAGCCUCCGCCAGCUCUCCGUCGCGAAAAGCGAGCUCCAAAACCAACGCACCGCCGUUGAAGACAUAUAUGAACUUCUUAUCCAAUACCAACGAUGACUGGACCGUGGACGACGAUGGCGAAGAGAUGUACGACUACGAGUCGGACGACGGCGACGACUUUGGGUUACCAAGUUUAUCCAAUAUGAAGAGGCGGACAAAGAAGAAGGCCGAGCUGAGUAGAGCCCAAACCGACAAUGGGUUGGGCUAUGACGACGACGACAAGGAGCCGCGGCCACGACGAAACUCGGAUAGCGCCGACAUCGCCAUCGAGCGGCCGUCGUCGAUAUACCCCAUGCCCAAGAAGAGCGAGGGCAAGAUACUACGGCCGCAAUACAAAGAAAUACUACGCGAUCCCGCGAAUGCGCUCCAUCUGAUCAACUACCCAUCACCACCAUCCAACGCAACACCGAAAGAAAUUGACGCCAUCAACUCAAGGAUAACAAGGAUAAACAAGUUCAAAAGGUUACUCCAAGCAUCAACCAUACCCCUGCCCGACCUUCGCGCCCUGGCCUGGUCCGGCGUGCCCGAAGAGGUGCGCGCCAUGACCUGGCAACUCCUUCUCAGCUACCUUCCCACGAGCAGCGAAAGAAGGGUGGCCACCCUUGAACGAAAAAGGAAAGAGUACCUCGACGGCGUCCGUCAAGCCUUUGACAAGGGCGGCAGCAGUAACAACAACAGCAACAGCAAUAGUGGCACGCCCAACCCACCAGCUCGCGGCGGGCGUGGCCUCGACGAGGCCAUCUGGCACCAAAUUAGCAUCGACGUGCCGCGCACCAACCCGCACAUUGAGCUGUACAGCUACGAAGCCACGCAGCGCUCGCUCGAGCGCAUACUAUACGUGUGGGCGGUGCGGCACCCGGCGAGCGGCUACGUCCAAGGCAUCAAUGACCUCGUCAGCCCCUUCUGGCAGGUCUUCCUGGGGACGUACAUCACGGACGCGGACAUCGAGCGCGGCAUGGACCCGGGCCAGCUCCCUAGGGCGGUGCUGGACGCGGUAGAGGCCGACUCGUUUUGGUGCCUUACCAAGCUUCUGGACGGCAUCCAAGAUCAUUAUAUCGUGGCGCAGCCGGGGAUCCAGCGGCAGGUGUCUGCCCUACGGGACCUAACGGCGAGGAUAGACGCCGGGCUGGCGAAGCACUUGGAGAAGGAGAACGUCGAGUUUAUCCAGUUCAGUUUCCGCUGGAUGAACUGCCUCCUCAUGCGGGAGAUCAGCGUGAAGAAUACGAUCCGGAUGUGGGACACCUACAUGGCCGAAGAGCAAGGCUUCUCCGAGUUCCACCUGUACGUGUGCGCCGCCUUUCUCGUCAAGUGGUCCGACAAGCUGGUCAAGAUGGACUUCCAGGAGAUCAUGAUGUUCCUGCAGUCGCUGCCGACGCGCGGGUGGACCGAGAAGGACAUCGAGCUGCUGCUGAGCGAGGCCUACAUCUGGCAGAGCCUUUUCAAGGGCUCGUCGGCCCACCUCCGCGGGCCCGAGAACAGGGUGCCGAGCGCCAACUUCCAGCUCUGA